GCCGCAGGGGUGUGUGGGUGGGAAGGUUGGAAAAAAGAUGGCUGCCUCCGUCUCGGGCUAUACUUUCAGUUCUUUAGUUUAUCAUCACGCCAACAGCCCUUCGGACCAUGAAGGCUUUCUUUUGGGAGAUGUAAAACAACUCGAGACUUUCAGCAUUAGUGAUUCACAGAUCAGCAACACCGAGCUACUGCAAGUAAUAGAAAUCCACAACCAUGAGCCUGGCUACCAGCUCUUUAGUUUUUACGACUAUGCAGGAAGAGUUGAUGAAGAAAAUCUGGAUAGAAUCCUCAAAGGAAGGAGGAAAAAUGUUAUUGGCUGGUACAGAUUUAGAAGAAAUACACAGCAGCAGAUGUCCUACAGAGAGCAUAUUAUCCAUAAACAGCUAACAAACAUCCUUGGAGUACCUGAUCUAGUCUUCCUUCUAUUUAGCUUCAUCUCCACAGCAAACAACUCAACACAUGCAUUGGAAUAUGUGCUCUUUAGGUCCAAUCGUCGGUAUGAUCAGAGAGUUUCACUCACUAUUCCAAAUUUGGGAAAUACUAGUCAACAAGAGUACAAGAGUUCCUCAGUACCAAACACAUCAUGGAAUUAUGACAAGGUGGUAACAGAACAUGGGGCUGAGUUCUUUGACAAAGAUGGAGUGAUAAAAGAUAUCAGGGCCAUUUAUCAGGUGUACAAUGCGCUUCAGGAAAAACUGCAAACUGUAUGUGGAGAAGUGGAAAAAAGUGAACGAACAGUUGAAAGCUAUCUACUCGAAGUAGAUAAACUGAAAAAACAAAUAGCGCGCAGGAAAAGGGAGAUUGCGGAGGAAAAGAAACUUCAAGAAGCUGCACUGAAUAGAGGAUUAGCUGAAGAAAAUUCAGCACAUGUGCCUAUUCUGCGGUUCUGUCCUGGACAAGCAAUGGAAGUACAUAUGCAGGAAAGCUUGGACUCCUCUAUUGCUCUGUUGCCUAAUUCUGAUCUAUCUGAUGUUACUGCUAGGGGCAAUUUGCAGGUGAUAAGUAGUGUUUAUGUGCCUCGGUUACAGGGUGUGGGUUCUGCUGGUAAAGCUUCAACAAGCACAAGUGCUCCCAACUACUAUGGAAUUAGAAUGGGGAGUCCCCAGUCACAAAAAGCACAUGGAGAUGGCGUUAAUAAAGAAGAGGACAAUUAUGAAAGCUUACACGAACCUUCAGAAACAUGUGACAGUGAAUACACUGCAUUGGGUGACAUGUGUCCGAAUUCACAUCCAGAUGAAGAUACAAAUGGCCCUCAAACUUCACAAAUAUAACAGACUCUUAGGCACUAAUUUUGUGAUGCACAUUAAUUUUGAAAGAUGUGGGAAAGAUGGCUUCCAGGCCAAGCAAUUGAAUCGAUGUGGAAGAUUGCUGUGUGCAGAAAGCUUAAAUAUCCUACAUGUGAUGGUCUAUUGCCUUGUGCAAAGUGUGCUUUCAGAUAAACAGGAUGUAGGAUUAUUUGUCUGUACUCUUUAGAAAGGUUCACGUGUAAUAGCCAAAAAUUGCUUCCAGUGGCACAAUACCAACUAUUGGCACACAAUGGCAGCACCAGAUAUUUUUUCUUUUUUUAAAGUGGUAUCACAGGCUAAACCAAUCGCUGCUGGUCUGUACCUAAUGAAGAAUUUGUUUUAAAUUGACAAUAUUGUACCUCUUGCACUAUAUUUUGUUUUGCCUUUUUUGUAGGCUCACAAAAGGGAAAGUUGUCUGCGGCCUUCAAAAUUUACCCCACUAAGAGCCAAAUUAGUGCUUGUUGAAUUCUUCGUAACCUAAUUGGGACAAAGAUUGAUUAUAUAAUUGCUUUAGCUUGCACGUUGUAAGAUUUAUCUGUGACUAAGACUGUCUUAUUUGGACAUUUUGAAGUAGUGUGGUGUACUGUAUCACUACACUUAACCAUCCAGUCCUUUUAAAAAUUGAAAUGUAAAUUGCCAGUAUGUAAUCCAAAAAAAAGUUUGGUUUCUUCAUCAAUAAUGUGCCUGACUGGUGUUAGUAUAGCAAAAUUUGUAUAUAAAAAUAAUCUACUGCUCA